GCAGUGAUUGUCCAUCCCUGCGUAUAAUAAACAGAACUUUUUUUUUGGCUCGUCGAAUUGGAUUGUUAUUUAAUAUUGUUUAUUUUGCGAAUACCUGGAAAAACUGCAGACAAGUAAUGAACGGAAUGCUGAGAGGAGUACUCUGCAGAGCCGAGCCGCGUCUGCUCUACAUGCGUUGCCUUAGCUCAGCAGGAGGAGGAUCUGGAUCAGGAUUAGGAUCAGGAGGAGCAGCCAGUGCCGAAAGAGCCGCACCAGGAGUCACGCCUCUGCGCCCACGACCAAAUGCUCUGACAGACGAGAUCAUACGCGUCGAUCAUGCCGGUGAACUGGGCGCAGAUCGCAUCUACGCCGGACAGAUGGCCAUUCUGGGCAACGGACCGCUGGGCAAGACCAUCGGACAUAUGUGGGAGCAGGAGAAGGAACACCGCAAGCAAUUCGAGCAGCUCAUCCAGCAGCAUCGCGUGCGUCCAACGAUCAUGACGCCGUUGUGGAACGUGGCCGGAUUUGUGCUGGGCGCCGGAACAGCCCUGAUGGGCGAAAAGGCGGCGAUGGCCUGCACGGUGGCCGUGGAGACGGUGAUCGUGGAGCACUACAACGACCAGCUGCGCCAGAUCAUGGAGGCACCCAACCCAGACAAGGAGCUGCUGGAGACAAUCACCAAGUUCCGGGACGAGGAACAGGAACACCACGACACGGGCAUCGAUCAUGGAGCCGAACAGGCGCCUUUCUACCAGGCGAUGACCGAGGUGAUCAAGUUUGGCUGCAAGACGGCCAUUGCCAUCUCGAAGAAGAUCUAAACUUGAUCCGGAUGGAUGCGCGAGCCCCCUGUAUAUACCAAAAUGAUCUGUUCCCGCAUCGUGUUAAGCAUUAAAGAUAGACCUAAAGCCAUACAAAA